CCGCUGCCAGCUGCGCGCAGUCAGUGCUCGGUUGGCGCUGUGGUCGCGCGGGCGCGCUCCGAACCACGCCGAGUGCCUCUCCUCGAGAGUCCGGCCGCGCUCCCUUCCGAUCCCCCUGGGCCCUCCCCGACUCCCUCCACCCGAAGAACGCGCAGUGUGUCCGUCUCCUACGUCCCGACUCCUCCGUGUUCGUGUGCUUCUCUCGUGUGUUACUGCAACAAUAGUGUGUCUGCGAAACGACGCGGCAGCGACCGACUUCGGAAACCCGACUCUGCCGCGAUUUUCGAACGACAUCACAGUGUUGUCGCUGUCUUCCGAAGACAACGUCGGCCGUUGGAAACGUAAGGGAGGCGGCGGCGGCGGCGGCGGCGGCGGCCGUGCCGGCUGGACGCAGCCGGGCUCUGAGGGUUUCUGCGGACCCGCUACCAGUAACUGCUCCACGAGGAUCACACGGGGCAGGUGACGAUGAAGCCUGCUCUGCUGACAAGUGUCGCCGCAGCGCGGCAUGGGAGAUGAGUGCGAGGUGUGCGCGGGGGCGGGUCCCGGCCCUCCGCCCCCGCAGUUCCUGGUGCCGCCACCGCCGCGGCCGCCCUUCCUGCCGGACGACGAGCACUGCCUCCAGGAGGACCAACUGCCCUCCGACGUCUGUGAUGCCCUACCUGUGAUAGACGCGGAGCUGCACAGCGGCCCCGCGCUGCCGUCCCUGGCUGUGAUAGCGGUCAGCUCCGCCAUCCUGGCCGCCGUCGUCCUCAUCGCCGGCGUGCUCGUCUGGAAGUACAAGCGGAAACCGCCUGUUCUGAUGCCGUGCAAGCCAUCGGCGCAGGGCAUCGAUCCAGGGACCAUGGGCUACGACGACCUGCCCGGCGCUCACGUGGCAGCGAGGCAGAUGCGCGCAGCUGCGGCUCAGCACCCGCCGGAGAUGAUCGACAUGAAGCCGAAUGUUGUCUACCCAAAUGGCUACAGGGGUCCUGAGGAGCCAACGGUAUUCAUCUGUUCAGAUCCCUACAGCAAAGAAGAACUGUACAACCCCGUCUACCAGGAGCUGUCGCCAGUGUCGACGGAGCGCGGAGAGUCUGACCUGGAGAGCGAAAUUCCGGUGUCGGAGGACGACUUCGCUGAGGACGAGUUGAGCCUGGGCGAGGUCGGUCCACGCCGCCACCACCACCCGCAUGGUGCCCACCAGCACCAGCACCAGCACCACCCCGCCCAGGGCCACCACGGGCGCGUUCCGCCCCCACCUCCCCCGCACAGGCGGGCGCCGCCGCCUCCACACCCGGCUCUCGCCGCUGGCGUGCCACCAGUGCCCUUCCACAACAGGCCGGAGCACAGGCGCCACGGAGGAGGCGGCGGGGGCGGCGGCGGUGGCGGCAGCGGCGCGGGCAGCGACUUCCACGAGGGCCUGCUGGUGGACGCGCUGCUGCAGCACCAGCAGCCGCUGACGCUGUCGGCGAGCCAGCACUACGCGUCCGCUCCCUGCUACCGCCUGGCCAAGCCGCCGCCGGAGGGCGCUCUCGCCGAGACCAGCUUCUCCACGUUCCGACCCCAGCACGCCACCAGCCACGACUCCGACUCUGGCUACAGCCACAACACGUCCAGCGGUCACCACGGACCCCGCAGCGCCACCGGAAGCCUCAAGAUGUCCUAGGAGCGCCCGCCACCGCUGCCCUCUGCCGCUUCUAGAGGGAAGCACAGUGGCCGUGGCGACCGAUACCCGAUAUCGCUUCGAUACGGACGACUGAUCGACACGGGGCUCUUCGUGUCCCUCGACUUAUGGACUUCAUUAAGAAGCAGUUUCGGGAGAACUAAUACUCAGAUCCCUUCUCUGGUUGUUACGUCAAUUGUCAAGAUGAUUGUACGAACUUCGCCAGUCUAGUGAUACCUGUACAUCGUCUGCUACCAAGCAAUUGCAGGAGCACCAGCGUCUUUCGAUGUUUCUGCGUCGAUAAUUUAUCACAGUGAAACUUCUGUGUCAUUAAAUGAAAUAAAACUUCCGCAAUAAUCUCUUUUGUAUUACGAACGUACAGCCCGCACACAUUUCAAGAUAACGUAUAUUUCAAGAAAACGUAUAACAAUAUUCUGCCUUAAUAAUGGAUCAUUUAUUAAUCAUUAUACUCUGUUUUAUCAGUCGAUUAUUUUUUAAAAUCCUAAAAACGUUAAUUGUCUGAGUGCUACUAUUUGGUGGCUCAUUGCUUCACGUCUACUGUUCCGUGUAAGAGUAUGAAGGAAUGUCGUUACAUGUACCUUUGGAACUUGUCCCCACAGUGCAGAUCUGUGGUAAACGUGAGACUCUCGAUGAAAUUCCAGUUACCUAGUGUCCAACGAUACGUGUUACAUCAAAAAAAAAUUUACUUUAUUUCAUAUCUUACAGAGCAGUGCCCAUCGGUCUAAAAUUAUAAUAUCCAAGGAGUUUAAUGAUUCUAAAGAGAGUACUCGUUUAAGUGUACACCGAAUGUUUGAUGCACUUUCAUAUGACAAGACCAAUGAAAAUCGCUAUUACUAAACAAUAACUUUUAUUACUUUGUUUUUAAUGCGUUAGAUUCUGACACGGGCACUGAACCUUUGCAGCUAUGUUCAAAGUUUUACUAAAAUAAUUCUUGAAAAUAUCGACCACAAUUAGAAACUCCAGAAAUAUCGUUUUAAGUUUUACACCCAUAAAAAAGACAUGGCUUUCUAGUCACUAGCUGUGUGAUAUAACUUACUACUUUGAUUAAGCUGAGAGCAUCCUUAAUUUGUUCGCUGGGAAUCACAAUUUCUACCACAUUUACGUUAAUUAAUAAAAACAGGUGCAAUGUGUGUUCUACACUCAAAAGCUACAUAAGCCUUCACAGCACGGAUCCAUCAGUCAGAAACGUUUGGGGUAUUGAGUCUAUCACUGUAACACUGUAAGACAUUGUUAAGUUUAUCCUGGUUCCUCCACAUCAUAGGUGGACAGCUGUUAUGUAACGCUAUGUAAGUUUAUGUGUGUGUUAACGCGAAAGUGUCAUUGUUUGACCUCUAAAUGCGAACGAUCUUAGAUUUACUCACUUUCACAGAUAUAACUUCCUGUGUACUGGCAACAGCUAUCAUAACUGUUACUGCGCCAAUACAAACAUAACAUAUUCCAGACACCGAAAUUGUGUCGUCCAAGUUCAACAAGGACAAGCUGAAGUACUCAAUUUUAACAGUCUGGAUGCAUUGCCUGUGUUUCACAUAUCUGAGUAUGUAUAACGACUACAAAAUCGGCCAAGUGAUCUGCGGUUACUGGCACAAUAUUGUUUAAGCAAUUGUCUCUUGUACCUAGUAUUCAUAAGUGUCUCACUGCCAAAUACACAGUUACAUGUGUUGUUGCCAUUCAACUAACGACUAUGUACCAAGAAUUAGUUGCUUUGCGCGAGGUGUUUUACCCUUGUGGAAUAUGAUUUCUUAUGUUGCCUGUAAAUAUAUGGGAAACGUAAGUUUAGACAUUAUUAGGUAACAAACCGAGUGCACAAUUUCGAAGUGAGACAGAUAUAUCAAAUCGCAUUUGUGUCUUUUUUUUUUUUUUUUCUUCAAGAGAGACUUUAUCCAGAUAUUUGAAAAAACUCUAUAACGUAACGUCUUACUUUCUUUCCUUCUUCCAGUUUCAAAUAGUUAGCAGCUAAGUUACGCUUUGGUUGCAUACCUUUGCGUAGCAAAAUCUCAACAGUCUAAAAUAGAAAGGGAGUAGUAAACACUGGAACUCUGACACUACCUCACGGCUAGAACGUUUCUCACACUAGCUCGGUCUUUUAGUUGCCAUUGUGCAGACAUGGGCUUGCUUCUGUUUCUUCAGUAAUGCUGGCUUUCCAGAAAUUAAAUUGUCUCUUAUUAUGUGGUUUCAAGUUCUGUGGGGACCAGAAUCUCUCCUUUAAAACGGGUGACAAUUAAUGAGACAGGUGAUAACCUUCAAUCCGAACAAACUGCGUAUUCUAUAAAAGCAUACAGUUUAUCCCAAUGGUAUUCCGUUACAAAAGAAUCCACAGUAAACCUCAAGAAUAAAUUAGUGUAGAAAAGCUUUGUUAUAGUUUUGACACAAACAUUUAAGUGCAGUUAGAUUCAAUGAACUUACCUGUUUCUUCUCGAGCUUAUCAUGUUAUAGCAAUACGAACUGUAUCAUUAGGCCGCAUGUAAGGGAUAUAGAGUAUUACAUAAGUAUUAAAUAAGCUCUGCAGUAAUUGUAAUUUGUGGAAAGAAAGAAAGAAUUUCAAAAUUUAAUUUUUGGAUAUGAUGCGUUAAAAUGAAAUUGAUAUUUUGGUAUUUCGAUAUUUCACCCAAAUUUAAGAAAGCGUCAUACGUAUUAAAGCAUUUAGUUGAAUAUCUUCGUAUACAUGUACAGACACAAUUUAUCCCCGUAUAGAGAAUGUUUGUUAAGCUACAUACGAUAUUAUGCUAGUCAAAGAUAUGUAUUUUGGUAUGUGGUGUUUGUAAAGGUAAAGACCAAGGCUGACUGAGUGACUGCGAAAUAAAGAAACUGUUCUUGAUAUGCCAGUUCUUUCUCAUGCAA